AUGAAAUUCAACAGGCAUUGGCGCUUGUUUGGCGUCCGGGCCCAACCGUUCGCAGGCCGUUCCAACGCGAUUCUUUUCCGCUAAGUUCAACGGUGCUCAGCUCAACUAUCAUGUCACUGAUAAAGAGUUCUUGGCUGUCGUCUCGGCGUGUCGGGCGUUCGAGCAGCACUUGAUCGGUUACCCCUUCGUCAUCGUCACCGACCAUCAGGCCCUUCGCACGAUAAAAACCCAAAAACUGCGCCAAACGCCUCGGCACAUCCGCAUGUGUCUCGAACUCAGCCGUUUCGACUUCGAAUUUGAAUUCAUUGCUGGCAAGAACAACACCCUGGCCGAUUCGUUGUCGCGUCUGUGGGAGGUCAAGCAGGGUUCACACGAGGAUCAGGUCAAGGAGAAUGAGUUGGAGGACAUGUUCUUUGAUGGAGAACGCCACGAAUUCACUACACCCGGUGAGAGCCUCCCUGAGGAACGUCCUUGCACUUCACCAUCUCCCGAUCGGUUGCCUCCUGUUGAUUUUAUGAGAUGA